AUACUGUCAACAAGCAAUGCAUCCUCCAUCUCCUGUCUCUCAUGGUCACUGCUUCCAACCUGCAGCUUCCCGGAUGACGAGUGACGUCAGCGAGCCAUCUUUGUUCGACUAAUCCGAGCAUCUAUUUUUUAUGUGUACAUAGUGACAGAAGAGAGUAGCGGUAGAGCGCCCUUAUUAUAAAGGGAAUAAUAGCGAGGCGCAGCACACCGCUGGAAAGAAAUAAAUACAAACCUUUAAGGAAUACCACUUUACUGGAAUAACCUGGAGAGUGCAUUAUUUAUCCCGGAGACGGGGAGAAACGCCUGAAGCAGCCCGUUCAUCCACACACUUCUUGUAGACGCACACAAAACACGGUUCAAAAUGUCUGCCCCAGCCCCUGCCGGUGCCCCCGCCCCAGAAGGUAACCAGCCCCCUAACCUCACCAGCAACCGUCGCUUACAGCAGACACAGGCUCAGGUGGAUGAGGUGGUGGACAUUAUGCGUGUGAACGUAGACAAGGUUCUGGAGAGGGACCAGAAGCUGUCAGAACUGGAUGAUCGGGCUGAUGCCCUGCAGGCUGGAGCCUCACAAUUCGAGACCAGUGCUGCCAAGCUCAAGAAUAAAUACUGGUGGAAGAAUGCCAAGAUGAUGAUUAUCCUGGGGGUGAUAUGCGUGAUUGUCCUCAUUAUAAUCAUUGUGUACUUCAGCACCUAAAGCGCGACGUUCCUACCCCACUCUGAGCUCAUGAACGCCCAAUUCCAAGCCACAGAAAAAUCCCUCCCAAAAAGAUGAGAAAAACGACUUCUCACAAUAAUCGAUUUAUUUGCCCUCAAAGAGUCUAAAUCCGCCCCUUCCCGAGCCCCCUUGCCCCCUGCCUCCACUGCCUCACAGCUGGGCCCCUGUCACUCCUCGUUCGUCCUGUCCGUGAGUGUGUGGCCAUGUCUCCUCUGUAAAUACCUCCGGCUUUUCUGAAAUACUGUUCAUACUCCAAACUCCUGAUUACUUGUGACAACCGAAAAAAAAAAGAAAUCACAACCCCUUAGAAUAUGAUAAGAUUAUACAGUAUAUAUUCCAAAUGUUCUUUGUAGAGUUUUAUUCUGAUAUAAUGGUUUUUGUAGUUUGUGUGUGAGUGUGCAUUUGUAUAUUUUUUUAAGUUUUGUAAGACUUAUUUUGCUUCAGGUUUAAACUACUGCCUCUUAAUCUGGGUGUUUGUAUCUUGCACGCUCUAUUUCACUCUUUCUUGCUCACUGAGUAUUGGUGUAUUUUUGCACAGGCGAUAGACUCCCUUAACUGAGGUUCUAAAUCGAUAUCCCCAAUUUGUUCUUUGUCACAUGCACUCUAUCUCAGACCUACACAUUGCCCCCUCAACCCCUUUCUUUCUUUCUUUCUUUCUUUCUUUCUUUCUUUCUCACCAACAGUACUUACUCUCUUAGUGAACUGCCACAACAGACUGGACCAAUGACUGUAGAUGUUUAUCUUAAUUUAAUGCUUUUAGUGUCUUAUCUCUUAAACAUUCCUUAAUAGCAGUGUAGAAUUAUGCUGUCUAUCAAAUAAAGUAAGUGUAUUUAUCUUAAAGAAUUCCAAAAUAGGUCUUAAACAACCUCAAGUACUUGUAACACAGUCAAACUACCCAGCAGGCACAAGACGUCAAUAUAACGUCAGGUUAACGUCAGAAAUAACGUCGGACAGAUUGCAUUUUGUUUAAGAAUGAAAAUCGGAUUGACGUCAGUAUUCGAAGCCAAUUUGACGUUGAUUUAACGUUAUGCAACCUAAAAACAACAAAUAUCAAUGCCAGCUGACGUCGUUAUCGGACAUCAAAUUAACAUUGAUAUUAGACAUUGAACUGACUGAAUUUUUUUGUCGCCCAACAUCGCAACCGAAAUAUCAACGUCUUAUGACGUUGUGUGCCUGCUGUGUAGGUUUUGACAGGGAUGGCGAAGUAAUUAAUCGCACAUGGGUCAAUUGCGCUGUAAGUGAAAAGAUUUGAAAUUGUUAGUGCUAUUUGAACUGCAAAUCAGGACCAAAAUUCCCUGAUUCAUUCUGCUGGUAAAGAUUUUGAAGCCCAGAGAGAUGCAAGGCCGAAAAGGGGAAAUAGUAUCAUGCACAAAAAGCUUGUUUUUGAUGGCGCUUUUUAACUGCAGGUGCGAAUGGGAGAGAACUGCGCGCUGUGUUACUUUCUCGCGGCAGAACUACUGCCAAACCGAUACACGAGUUCAUCCGUCUGAAAGCACACAGGUUGAUCUUAAUACUUCAACGUGAGAUAGUUUCAACAGCUGUGGUUCUCUCUCUUAAAUCUAGAGACUGCCUUUAAUUUAGUCUUUCUUUUAAUUUUAGAUAUAGAUUCUAUAUUUUCAUGUGCAAAGCAGGCAGGAAAGGGAGCACGUCGUUUCAGGACUUGACGCUGCUGCCAUGUGCACAGCGAGCACCUUUGUGUCCCUUGCUAUUAUCCACCUCUCUGUGUGCCUGUUUGUUGAGUUCAGCUGUAGUUUACACACUGCCAAGCACCUGAGGGGACGUUUUUUUUCUUGUUGUCUUUUGUUUUUUUCCACCGUGCUCUUCCUGGUUUGCUCUUGUGCGUAUAUACGCCUCCAUCAGCAUCACCCUUCAGUCUCAUCCGCCCAAUCUGUCGACAAAAAGCGAGCCAGGCGUGAAGUGUGCGUCUGCACGUGAACACCCCCCUCCUCCCCUUCACGUUUCCAACUUAGCGCCAUUAGCUUUUCUUCUUUUACACAUGAUUCAGUUUCUAGCCGUCCGCCGUAGUGUUUGUGUGGAGUAUUUCAGCUUCAUCCUGACAGAUUAGGCUGCUUAGACCUCUGCAGGUAAAGAAAGGCUGUUCCCGUGGCAACCUGCUUGCAUAAACAGGGGGGAGGACAUAGAUUAGCUGAUUGAUUGUGACAGGGGGCGGGGCUAGAGAAAUUAUUCCACUGGUGUGUUUUUACAUUCCAUAUUAAGAAAAGCUUAAUGUUUGGCGCAGAAUGAACUGAUAUUUUGAACUCUUAAUAAUUUCAUUCAUUUUUUCUUCUUUAAAAGGAGACAGCCUUAGUUCAUUUCAUUUUUUUUUCCAUCCCUGCAUGCCCGUUCAUUUCUUUGUCCCACUCACGUUGAGCUAUUUUAAUGAAAAAUGACCAAAGACCAUAUUAUAUCUUGCUUAUACUGCCAACUGCCAUCAAAAACAGGUUAAGGGACAACAUUUCCCUAGAUCUCUGGUUUUUAAAAGCUCUCAUCCAGCAAAAGGAAACAAUAAAUCGCCCAUCUCUCUUCAGGUCUAUGUUUAUUUUACUUGAAUGCUAACAGGAUAAGGAAUUUGAAACCACAAUCUGAUGGACGCAUCCCCAGGCCUAAUAUCUAAACAAUAAUAGCACAACUUCUCCUUUAGGUCUGUAUCUGUAAUGCUGAAUAUAAAACAUGGAACUAUUUCUUUGUAGCUGUUUAAAGAAGAAAAAAGACAAAAAAAUCAAAUCUGUAUUGUUUCAUGUUGUAGUGUGGGCUUCAUCUGGGGGAAGGGGGUCCUUUUUUUUAGAUUUUACAUUUAAGGCAUAUACAAUCUGGAAUUAGAAUAAGAUGUAAAAUAGAUCAACUAUUUAUUAUAUUAGGCAAAUAUAAGUAUUUUUUUCCCAGGGGUUGUCAACAUUUUAAAGGGGUCUAUAACUAACUAAUAAACAACAUGCAUUGGGGUAGGACUCGAACAUGACAAAUUAAUCAAAGCGUUUAAAUCAACGCUUCACAAAUUGAAAGGAUUCUAAUAGGGGACUACUACAAAUAAUGUAUGUGGUUUUCUGUCUUUCUUUGUGUGAGUGUAUGAAGACAUUUUAUUUUGUCUUGGCACUUGCUGUAUGUUUUGUUCAAAACUGCGUGGGUCGAGAGGGACGGUGGGAGUAGUUUUGUCACGCCAGCCUGUUAAAGAUGCUGCGUCUUCUUUAUUGGGAGGGAACCAAUGAAGACACAGAACUUUACUGGCUCAAAGCCACAGUGAUUUGUCCAUUGCUCAUGUCAUAGAGUUAUUUAGUCUUCAGUUGUUUACUUUAUUUUAAGCAGAAAUUAGUUAAGCUUCACAGUGGUGCUCUGUGGCACAGCUUCAUUGUGCUUAGUUAGGAGAGGGUGAUUUUAUUUAAUUUUUUUUAAUAAUUUAAGUUUAAAUAUAAGAACAGUGACCUAAGAUAUCAAAGUAAUACUGGAAAAUGAACCCUGCCUUAUUAAAGGUUAGCGUGUCAAAAGUUUUUUUCAGAAAGCUUGUACAGACUGGUAUAUCAACUUCAAUUGGUUGCUAUUCAUUCAUGAUGUUUUGAAUGAAAGGUUAAGGUGUUUUACAACAGUUUGAUUCGUUGUUGAAGGUUUUUGGGACUAAAUAAAGAGUAUAAACAAGCAGAAUUUAAGGAGCUGAUACCAUAGAGCUUCAUGGAGGUCUAGAAAUGCAUCGAACCAAGAGCCAAGUUGCUGUAUUAAUAACAAUUUGUGUUUCAUUUGUGUAUUUAUUUGAUUUAUGGAGGUUCGUUUGGGGAGGAGAUGUUGAGGAUCAGCAUUACCCCUGUUUGUCUGGCCUUUUUGGAGGGACUAGGCUGGAGGAUCAUGGGUAAUGCGGUCUUCACAGUUUUAUUUUAUGUUGUUAUUUUAUUUUUUUAUUUGUUUGUGUCAUAAGUUAUAGUGGACUACAUAUUAAACAGAACGAAGUACAUUGUAACAGGGAAACUUUUUGGCAACCAGACAUACAUGAAAUCAAUUGUAGAGUAAAUCUGUCAAUGUCUAUUAUAUGGAUGAACAUCUUGGGAAAAUAUAUAUAUAUAUAAAUAUACAUAUAUAUAUUGCAAAAAAAAAAAAAGACAGUUAUGAUGACCUGUGUUUAUUGUUCCGAGUUAGAAAUUAAAAUGUGUGUGUGUGUUUGAAAACAAUGACAACAUAAAAAAAAUAAAUAUAUAAUAAAAAUG